AUGCAGAAGAUGAGAUGGGAGCCGCUGCUAGAAGCAGGGCUGAUGACAUGGUACCGCCCCCGUGAUAAUGUGGAUGACGGCCGCGUAGUGGCAAAGUUCCGGUUAAGGGCUGCAAUGCGAGACGGCUUGGCAAAUGUCCAUGCGGAGCUGGAGCCAAGAGAUGCUGUGGGUCCAAUGGCAGGUGAUUCCUGUGGUACCACGACAUUGCUGACGACCCCCAGCUGUUCUGCUGAUGCUGCAGCUUCAAGCGCCAAGCAGAUGCAGCUGGACAAGCUUCAGGCAUCUCCACCAAUGACGUCUGGACGGGCGACCAAAACCACUGAUUUCAGCCCGUUUGACCAAGCAACUUCCCCCCAGUUUGUGAGAGAGAAGACGGAGAAAGAAGACAUCUUUGUUGAAUUCAAGAUUCAAGAUUGCCCGUUGUCAGAUGGAAACCCUUUCCCUGGCGUAUUUGCGUGGUCCAAUGUCACGGGAGGAUGCCUAGGCAAAAGGUACCAUCCAGCUACUUGCCAUGUGCUUUUUCUUUACCCCGCCCGCUCCAGCGUAGGCAGCAAAAAAUUGGUGAUGGAAGGGACGGGAGGGAGGGGAGGGAAGGGAGGGAGGGGAGGGAAGGGAGGGAAGGAACCGAAGGAACCGGAGGAACCGAAGGAAUUGAAGGAACCGAAGGAACCGAAGGAACCGAAGGUGGAGAUGGCGGUAGAAGUGGAAGUGGAAGUGGAGGUGGUGCUGCUGCUGCGGCUUCGGUGCUCAUACUGGUGUGCUGGUGCUGGUGGUGCGGGUGGUGGUGGGUGGCGGCGGCCGCCGCUGUUGUUUUUGGCAGGCGGUUGGAGGAAGGAUGUGCAAUUUACUUUGCAACGGUCUUGGCAGCUGCUGCUUGGAAAUCAGGAAUCGCCUUUGGCCUUUGGCCUUACCUCUUCAGGUUACAGCUCUUGUUUGCCACCUCCUGGGGUUAGCAGUAGAUGGGAAAGCCAACGGGUCAUCGAUUUUGCGAUUUGCAACGGUAUUAUCUUGGACUCCACUUUGAAGAUGUGCCCCGAACGUUACAGUGAUCACAAAGCUUUUUACUUUGACGUCAAAGCUGAAGGUGCAGAUGGGGCUCUUACUAAGGUUGUGAUGGUUCCAGCAAACGUGUAUUUGCCUCAAGAUACCGACCGAGGUAUCGAUUGGACAGAACGCCUGGCGGACGCCUGGCAGCAAAAUAGACAAGUUUGGCAGGAAUUUAAAGUGAAAGCUGAACAAGAAAUCCGCGAAGCCGACAACAUGUCAGAAGCGGUCAAACAGCAUAAAAGUGACCGAAUUUGGGACCACCUGAAUUUGUUACUCGAAACGUUUCUUCAGAAACAGGCUCAGUGGGCUCAGGAACAUGAGUUGCCUAUGCGGCCCUACAGAAAAGCUAAACGGGCCAAGGGGUCCAUCCCCACUUUUCGUCAUGUCCCUUUGGUCAUCCACCAACCCCACGCUCCGAAUGCCUCUAAUCAGCUUCGCACCUGGAUGCGGUUGUGGGGAAGGCUCAGUGAGGCCGAGAGAAGACAGCAUCAUGACAACACUGUUGAGAAUUCUAAGGAUCUUCAAAAGCUUUGGAAACGCAUCCGCAGAUGCCCUCUGUACCAAGCAGGAAUGACUGCCAAGGAUGCCGAAACUGAGGUUCAGCGUCAAACCGAGGCGAGCCGGCAGAGCAGACUUAGCAAUUGGAAGGUUCGCUUGCAGCAAGAUAACGCUCAGGUCUUUCGAUGGGUGCGGUCCUCCGAAUCGGCGCCCACUGUUACCUUGCAUGACGACGAAGUCGAUCCUGACGACCCAGCUAGCAUGGACAGCUCUGGUGCCUUGGUCAAAAUCGAAUCCUUUUGGCAGAGAGCUUGGAACCGUGACAAUAGCGAUGCUUGGACUCCGCAGCAAUAUCUUCGUGAAUAUGGCGGGGCCCCUGAAGUCGAAGAAAAUUGGAGCCCUGUUUCUGCACAGGCUCUUAGUGCCUCGGCUGCUAGACAAAGGCACCGAGCCGGGGGCCCUGACGGCUGGACUGGCAGCGAAAUGGCAGCUUGGCCGUACAACAUGUGGGCUGACCUGGAAUUUGUGUUUCAAGCCUGGGAGCAGCUGGGAUGUUUCCCAAAGUGCUGGCACUUCAUGACACAGGUGAUGCUCCCCAAAGGAAACGGUCAAAGGCUCUCUGACAGCGCCACCCCGACCAGCAAACUUCGACCAAUAAGCCUCAUGUCGUGUUGGUGGAGAAUUUAUGUGAGUGCCCGCUUAGAUGGGGACAUCGAAAGACGUUGGUUGGAAUCGCAUUUGUUGACUACCCAGGCUGGAGGUAGGCAGCCUACCAAGCGUCAAGAUAUGAUGCAGUUAGAAGAGCUGUGCAAUGGAGUGACUGAAAACCUUUUUGCCUUAGGCGCUGCUAUGGGUUUUGGGUCCAUGCUGCCUAAGGAACAAGGUCGCAUUGAAAAGGCAAUGGCUUGUGCUGCUAAGGUUCGUUUGGCUCCUAUCUCAGCAGCUCGAAGAUCGUUUGUUGGCGCACUUGCCGCAGGUAGCAAAGCAACUUACGGGUGGUUGGUCCGUGCUCCCCCUGGAACCGGGCUCAUGUCUAAGUUGGAAACUCGUCUCCGAAGGGUGGGCUACUGCCAUCGCAUGUCCUCUCCUGCGCUCAUUAGGUUGGUGAUGGGUCACCCAGUGGACAUUCAGUUUCAAUCUGGUGCGGCGCUCAUCGGUGCGGUUCAUCGCACUGUUCGUCGGAUCCGAAGAAUCUUCAGUGAUUGGGACCUCUCUGGAGGUGCAGGUACGGUGGCAACUAAGGUGGCAGUGCUUUGCGGGUGGUGGGCCCUCUGCUGCGUGGUGCAGCGGAAUGGUGCGGCUUUGCUGCGCCGAGUGGCCUUUUUGCCACAAGGGGAAUGGGACAAAGCGAAGUCCAUUUUGACCGAAAUGGCCAACUGGAAAGUGACGCCCGUGUCAACCCUUGUGGCUGCUGCUCUCGAAUCUCAAAGCGGAAAGCGGGCGAUUUUUGUCACAGCUACUGGGGUUGGGCGACGUCCUGAAAAGGUCAAAUGGAUUUUGAAAGCUCAGCCUCCUGAUGAUCCUUAUGAUCCAACCAAUUCCAAUUGCACUUGGCAUUAUGUGGACGAUGUUGACCAAAGUUUAGAAAUCCAUGUCACUAAGGCGGAGGGUCGGUUUCCUAAGCCUCAGCAUGUGCAGCCUGCCACUCCUCCAAAGCGCAGGUUCGAAACACAGAAACGAACUCAUGAGGAUCAUGAAGUUCUUGAUACACAGAUUGAUGAACCUGAAAACAGUGAAGAAGAUGAAGAGGCCGUUGAGGGUGAUGGCAACGGCCAAGAGAAAGAACGCCCCAGAAGCCGAAGCCCAGCUAGGGUUAAGCCGAAAAAGUUGGACUUCAAAGAAACCACGGAAAUGAUCAAACCGGAAUGGGAUGAAAUUGCUGAUCUUAUCAACAACAAAGGUUUUGAAGAAGUUGAUUUUGGGGGAAACGGAGAUUGCGGAUUCAGGGCCAUUGGCUGCGCCUUGGAUUACUACAAAGAUCCUACCCAAGUCAGGACGCCAGAACAAUGCCAACGUGCUGGCGCCAAACUCAGAAGUCAGGUGGUGACCCACUGCCGCAAACAUGAAAAGAGCUUCCUUCCCUUUUUCGCUCCUGAUCCUGAAACUGCUAACGAGGAUCCUACUUUGCAAUCACAAUCCUCGUUUCAAGAUUGGCUCGAUGCUAUGGGUCGACCUCGAACCUGGAUUGAUGGGAUCGCACUGAGGGCCCUGUCCAUCAAAACGGGUCAUGUGAUUGUAAUUUGGAAGAAGGAAAACAAGAAGGCGCCGUGGCGGCGUACCACGUUGGCUCCUACCUUUGACCAAGGAUGGGCCAAAGCUGCUAAGGGAACCCAGCCAAUUGCUGUCCUUUUGAAGGAUGAUCACUACACUUGGCUCAAACCUCCACAAAAAGAGACCGUGCCCAAUGCAUGGUUAAAAGAAACGGUUUUUCCUGCCAGACAUGAACUUCAAGGCGCUGCCAAGUCUUCGUCAAGCAUGGCCACUCCUUCGGUCCACACCAUUUCGUUGCAUGGUAAAAGUGCUAGGAGUUCUCGAAAACCCACGAAUAAUUUUAGUGAUAUGCCAACACCUUCUGCUCACACCAUUGUUGGCCAGAACAUGUUCGACUCGCCUUGUAAAACCAAGGCUUCCAAGCAACGCUCCAAAGGUAAAAAAAAGAGUCCUUUGAAGCGACUCAAACAGAUGAGUCGAAGUCACACCACCAAGGACGACAGGGCACCUAGUACUCAGGUUGCGUCCGGGGACCCGGCCGCUAUCACCAAGGUUCAGUGCCCGCAUUGGAGUCAGGCCCAUGCCUGGCUUCAGUCAAUUUGUCAGGGCGUGCCGGACCAAGACUUGACUCCGGAUUCACUCGGAACGCUCCAAGGUUGUUUGCUUGCUUGCAGUGCUGUCACUCGUGCGGUCCAUGCUGCAAUGGAAAAAGUGUCUGAUCCUGAUUUUGCCCCUACGGCAUUGACAGUAGAAGAGGACGCCGAAAGACUGGAAACUCCAGACGAACCUUCUCCUCGGAAAAUCGCCAAAAAACGAACCAAACAGAUCCCCAAGAAUGCGGCGGAAGAACAAGCUUUGUUUGAGAGAUAUUCUUGGAAGUGUGCGGGCUGGGGUUGCCAUGGCUUCCGUCUAGUCAGUUGCAAAGAAGCAGAGAUGCUCACCUUGCAAGUCAAAGAUAUGGAUGCUCUCACCAACAGUGUGGGAGCUAACCCACGCCUCAAACAAAAACCGGUGCAGGCUAAACUUCCGAACCCUGGCAGCAAAGCUUGGUUCAAAAAUCUGCCUGCUGAUACGGGUCAGCAGCAGAAACCAGUCUCCAAGGCCAAAAAUUGGCAACGGGAUUUGUGUGAUGAGGGCGUUGAGCCAAAUCCAGGACCUCGAGCUCAUCGCAGACGUUUGACAAAACUUAGGAUUUGCAGCGUCAAUAUUGCAGGUAAGGAAAACUUGUGGAGCGCCCUGCCCCACCUGAAACCUAAGGAAUUCGAUGUGGUUUGUCUUCAGGAAGCCAACAUGUCUGAUGUCGAAAUUAAGGUCUUGGCAGCUGCUGCUUGGAAAUCAGGUUGGGUCACCUUCGCUCUGUCCAACAAGUGCUGCCGGGGAAUGAUAACUAUGGUUGGUAAACACCUGAAAAGUCGCAUUGCUCACCAACUGGAUACCUCUGGGGGGCAGUUGUUAGGCGUUCAGGUCGGUCACAUGUGGGUGGGCAACGUGUAUUGUGCCCAUCAUCCUGAAAGAGAAGCUUUCAUGACGGAAGCUUUCCAGCUGUGUCACUCAUGGUCCCCGAAUGUUUGGACUCUUGUGGGUGAUUUCAAUGACACCCCUGAGGAAUCGCCUUUGGCCUUUGGCCUUACCUCUUCAGGUUACAGCUCUUGUUUGCCACCUCCUGGGGUUAGCAGUAGAUGGGAAAGCCAACGGGUCAUCGAUUUUGCGAUUUGCAACGGUAUUAUCUUGGACUCCACUUUGAAGAUGUGCCCCGAACGUUACAGUGAUCACAAAGCUUUUUACUUUGACGUCAAAGCUGAAGGUGCAGAUGGGGCUCUUACUAAGGUUGUGAUGGUUCCAGCAAACGUGUAUUUGCCUCAAGAUACCGACCGAGGUAUCGAUUGGACAGAACGCCUGGCGGACGCCUGGCAGCAAAAUAGACAAGUUUGGCAGGAAUUUAAAGUGAAAGCUGAACAAGAAAUCCGCGAAGCCGACAACAUGUCAGAAGCGGUCAAACAGCAUAAAAGUGACCGAAUUUGGGACCACCUGAAUUUGUUACUCGAAACGUUUCUUCAGAAACAGGCUCAGUGGGCUCAGGAACAUGAGUUGCCUAUGCGGCCCUACAGAAAAGCUAAACGGGCCAAGGGGUCCAUCCCCACUUUUCGUCAUGUCCCUUUGGUCAUCCACCAACCCCACGCUCCGAAUGCCUCUAAUCAGCUUCGCACCUGGAUGCGGUUGUGGGGAAGGCUCAGUGAGGCCGAGAGAAGACAGCAUCAUGACAACACUGUUGAGAAUUCUAAGGAUCUUCAAAAGCUUUGGAAACGCAUCCGCAGAUGCCCUCUGUACCAAGCAGGAAUGACUGCCAAGGAUGCCGAAACUGAGGUUCAGCGUCAAACCGAGGCGAGCCGGCAGAGCAGACUUAGCAAUUGGAAGGUUCGCUUGCAGCAAGAUAACGCUCAGGUCUUUCGAUGGGUGCGGUCCUCCGAAUCGGCGCCCACUGUUACCUUGUAUGACGACGAAGUCGAUCCUGACGACCCAGCUAGCAUGGACAGCUCUGGUGCCUUGGUCAAAAUCGAAUCCUUUUGGCAGAGAGCUUGGAACCGUGACAAUAGCGAUGCUUGGACUCCGCAGCAAUAUCUUCGUGAAUAUGGCGGGGCCCCUGAAGUCGAAGAAAAUUGGAGCCCUGUUUCUGCACAGGCUCUUAGUGCCUCGGCUGCUAGACAAAGGCACCGAGCCGGGGGCCCUGACGGCUGGACUGGCAGCGAAAUGGCAGCUUGGCCGUACAACAUGUGGGCUGACCUGGAAUUUGUGUUUCAAGCCUGGGAGCAACUGGGAUGUUUCCCAAAGUGCUGGCACUUCAUGACACAGGUGAUGCUCCCCAAAGGAAACGGUCAAAGGCUCUCUGACAGCGCCACCCCGACCAGCAAACUUCGACCAAUAAGCCUCAUGUCGUGUUGGUGGAGAAUUUAUGUGAGUGCCCGCUUAGAUGGGGACAUCGAAAGACGUUGGUUGGAAUCGCAUUUGUUGACUACCCAGGCUGGAGGUAGGCAGCCUACCAAGCGUCAAGAUAUGAUGCAGUUAGAAGAGCUGUGCAAUGGAGUGACUGAAAACCUUUUUGCCUUAGGUAGCAAAGCAACUUACGGGUGGUUGGUCCGUGCUCCCCCUGGAACCGGGCUCAUGUCUAAGUUGGAAACUCGUCUCCGAAGGGUGGGCUACUGCCAUCGCAUGUCCUCUCCUGCGCUCAUUAG